CCGGCCGAAGGCCUUGGUGCCCCGCUGCGUGCGGGCAUGCUGCUUGAGUCUCUGUCCGCGGAGGGCGAGCAGCGCUGUCGGCAACUGUUGACCGAGACCACGGCCCGGUUCCGCUCUCGGCCCGCGAUGGCCGCAGUGCUCGUGCCGCUAUGCCUAGUGCGCGGCGUCCCGGCGCUGCUGUUUACGCUGCGCUCCAGUCGCCUGGCCGGAAGGCACAAAGGGGACGUCAGUUUCCCAGGCGGCAAGUGUGACCCUGCUGACCAGGACGUGGUACACACAGCACUGCGGGAGACCCAGGAGGAGCUGGGCCUGGCAGUGCCCAAGGACCACGUGUGGGGCAUUAUGCGGCCUGUGUAUGACCAGGUGAGCCACCAGGCCCCAGGCCAUCCUCACCGAAUCCAUCACUCUGUACCUGCCCUGGCCCAGGAGCCAGAACCUCGGGGACAAGGGGUCACACAUUACUACAGACUUGGAGUGUGGAGGAGUGUCCUGGACCUGCUUGUCGGUCAGUUCUUCAUCCCCACACAACCCCAGGGAGAAGUAAUGGCUGGAGGUAGCUGCAGGCAAAGGCCACUGUGGUACCAGUGCUUGCCAGCGUGGGCCAGCUGGAUCCGAAGAGCCUCAGGCCCAAUCCCGAGGAGGUGGAGGAGGUGUUUGUGCUGCCCUUGGCACACCUGCUGAAGACACAGAAUCAGGGUUAUACCCACUUUUGCCAGCGUGGCCACUUCAGCUACACACUGCCUGUCUUCCUGCAU